AUGGGCAGCGUGGUGACCGGCCAGAAGCACAUGGGGGAACCAGUGCUGGAGUGCUACCGUAGAGCUGGUAACGCCUCCUUUAUGGGCAUGUUCGCCUUCGACCAGCCGCUGCUGAUGGUAAAGGACCCAGAACUUGUAGGCCGUAUCAUGUCCACAGACUUCUCUACCUUCUACGCCACCAAUGCGAAAUGCGAUCCAGCUGCUGAUCCGGUGCUUUACAUGUCCUUGUUUGGACAACAUGGGCAAGGGUGGAAGAAACUGCGCACGCUCCUUUCUCCUGCGUUUUCUUCUGGAAAAAUGAAGCUCAUGUUUCACUUCAUUAACGAAGUCGGGCAGAAUUUGGCACGUCAGCUUGAGGCCGCUGUUUCAGAAGGUGAGCACGUGGAGCCGAAGGACCUAACGUCGCGCUAUGCUACGGACGUGGUGUGCUCCGUCUUCAUGGGUGUGGACGCGGGGGCGUUGCGUGCCGGCGACAGUCCCAUCCGGACGCAACUGCGCAACGUCGUCAGAGACACACCCCUGGGCAGGAUCGCGGCCACCCUCAGUUUCUUCGCCCCCCGACUGCUGUCCAUCUUCCCCAUCCGGUUAGGAGAUAAGCGAGCUGACGACUACUUUGUGCACAACACUACGAAGCUGCUGUGA